AAUCACUCAUUGAAUCUUUUAUGAAUAAAAUUAAAAAGUGGAAGUAAAAGGAGAAGAUCGCCCCACGGCUCUUCAUUUAAGUGCGCAAUUAGUGCCUUCAAUUACAUUUCUCUGUUUUUGCCGCCUCUUCUUCCCUCUUUCUACCUUUUUUUGCUUCUACUGUCAUGUCAACUUCUUCCACCUUUUUCAAAUUUUUUCAUUUAUAAAUUUUGAUAAAGAAAACCGAUAGAUGAAUGGUUGAUAAAUGACAGAUAAAUCCACCACUAUAUCCCCAUUUACUUCAGAACACUAUGGCUGUCAUUAGCAGUUGUUGCCCCAGUUAAUUCGAACCAAACCACCCCAUUUCUCUCUCUUUUUCUCUCGAACCCUAGAUUUUUUUUAUUUUUUUUUUUAAUUUGGUUCUGGGUUUGCGGUGAAUUAGCCCAACGGUGGGAUUUUGAGCUUUUAUCGUGCUGUAUUAAUUCUUUGUGGUUCUGGGGUUGAUUUGAUUUGAAUUUUAGAUGUAAUGGGUGAAGAUAAUUUGGACCCAAUUGAGGGAGGUGACAAUGGAGAUUGUUAAACCCACUUCACAUGCAUUGCUUCCAUGGGAAAGAGUGAAGAAGAACAGACGCUGCCGGUUGGAGUGAGCUCCUCUGAGCUUUCUGACCGGAAUGUGGAGAGCAGGUGCGGCGGCGGCGGGUGCUCUGGGAUUCGUAGACUGAUUGCGGUGAGAUGUGUCUUCUUCCUGUUAUUAUCGGUGGCUGUGUUUCUUUCUGCUAUUUUUUGGCUGCCGCCGUUCUUGUCCUAUGGAAAUUGGCCGGAUCGGCCUGUUGAUUCUGCUUAUAGAGAUCAUGAAAUAGUAGCAAGUUUUCAUGCUUGGAAGCCAGCUCCUUUGCUGGAAAACCAUAUUUUUGAGCUUGAGGAUAACAUUUUUGGGGAAAUACCCGUACCUUUUGUCAAGGUGGCUAUCCUCUCACUACAAUCAUUAGGUGGACCAAAUGCAACAAAAAUUGUUUUUGCGGUAGAUUCCGAUGCCAAGUAUUCAAAAAUUCCCCCAACAUCUCAAAGUUUAAUCAAGGAAACCUUUGAAACGUUGGUUAUAAAUGAUCCUCCUCUCAGAUUGAAUGCAUCACUAUUUGGCAAUACAUCCUUGUUCGAGGUGUUGAAAUUUCCUGGAGGAAUAACUAUUAUUCCUCCUCAGAGUGCGUUCCUUCUGCAGACGGCACAGAUCUAUUUCAAUUUUACAUUAAAUUAUUCUAUUUAUCAAAUUCAAGUGAAUUUCGAUGAUCUUACCAGCCAGCUGAGGUCAGGAUUACAUCUGUCUCCAUAUGAGAAUUUAUAUGUUAGCCUAUCGAAUGAGAGAGGUUCAACAAUGCAUGCCCCCACUAUUGUUCAGUCAUCUGUUCUGAUGGCAAUUGGGACUAAUUCAUCAAAACAAAGGCUAAAACAGUUGGCUCAAACCAUCACAAAUUCUCAUUCGAGAAACCUUGGCCUGAACAACACUAUAUUUGGUAAAGUGAAGCAGGUGCGUCUUUCAUCAGUCCUAAACCACUCUCUUGGUGGUGGUGGAAGUGCACGAGAGACAGAACAUACACUGAAGAAUGGGGUCUCAUCUGCUCCCGAAGCUGGUUCAUCCCCAGUGGAAAGUCCAACUUCACGAAACUAUGAAGCAACCCCGCCUGCUUUUCAAUAUGGAUAUAAAAGGUCUUCAAGAAAAGUCAGAAAACAAGCUCAUUUAGGCCCUAUUCCUUCUCCAAGCAGUUCUCCAGCGUCACCAUACUUACGAGUAGGCCUGCCAGCACCUGUCUCUGAUUCUAUUUCUGCGUCAAGUCCACUGUCAGGUGUAGUUCUAUCGAAUGUACAGCCUCCAAAUUCAGGCAGCAAACAUGCAGAAAAUUUUGGAAGUUCCCCUUCAGUCUUACCACCACAAUUUUCUUCUUCUGUAGGUGUUCGUGUUUAUACCAUUCGAUGGACACUUGCGCUAUUUCUACUUGUAUGGCAUGUACAACCAAGGAGAUAAAACCUACAUGCAUAUUUCAGGAUAUUGGUAACAGUAUGACUCGUGAUUCAAAUUAGAGUUGUAAUAGCGAGACUGACGCAAAGGCAUGUUCCUGUUAGAGUUGAUAUAAUAAUGAUUCCAUGUAUGUAAAUAUCAAAUCAAGCAAGUUGGGAGAUACAUUUUUCCAGGUCAAAGUCACAUAGGUGGCAGGCCUUUGGUAAUUGUGUAAUGCUUCUUUUCUCCUUAAAAUGUAAGGAGGGAAGAAAAAUGUAUCUCAUUCUAUUUUGUUCUCAACUUUUGUUACAAAGUCAAUCAAGCAAUUACAAUUUUUUCAGUGCACAAAAA